AUGACUUCUCUUUUCGCCGUAAAACAUUCAACGCACAAUAUGGCAAGUUCGGAAUAUGCUAAUAUUGCUGCUGAACGAUGGACAUCUCUUCCUGCACAGUUUCGGCGCCCAGAAACGUCAGGACAUUCGCAAAACCAGAAACGCGGCCGACCCCUCGACUCCUUCCUCGAGGGACCUGUAUACGUGUCUACCGUCGCUCUGCUCUUUGUGACCGAUAUUCCCUACGGACGCAUCUUCUCAAUUAACCCCGUUAAGGCCGAAUGCUCUUUGGUCAUUGAAUAUGACGGCGAACCGAACGGGACGGCAUGGAUUCCAAUUUCCCGAACCAUCGUGAUCGCCGACUUCAAGCAUGGCAUCCUGUCUCUCGAUCCCGAAACUAGAGAACUCAAAACGCUCGCCUCUUCCUAUCACGGUGAACGACCCAAAGGACCCAAUGAUCUGGUUUUCAGUGACCACGAUACUAUAUUAUUUACCGAUCAGGGAAUGACAGACCUCUAUGAUCCAACCGGUAGGGUCUAUUGA